GCGGGAGCUGCAUUGUGCAGGAUUAGAAAAGGUGGAGACAAAAAUCUUGCAAUGGCGCUUUCUUCGUGUCACUGUCAUGGCCACACUGGUAUUUUAGCUAAGACGAGGGAUCAAAGGUGCAAAGAAGGUGCAGGACAUCUCGUAGCAGGACGGGAGUCACUCUUUUGGACGCUGCGCUCUGCUUUUAAGAUUGACCAGCAACGCACCGAUGUGUUGAGCCGCGACCGCCGUCGCUUCUGCAACGACACAGUUCAGUGUAGUGCCACUGAGUGGCAGGUCACGGGAAGCUCUGACUUCCGAGCCUGGCAGAAAUCAAAUGCAGAACCUAGCACAUGGGAUCAGGAUCAACAAAGCGAGCCUGUGAAAGCACUAGAGCCAGUCCCCGCUUCUCAUGAGGGAGCAACAGGGCAGGAAUCGCGCCUGGAAGGGAGCUUCUGUCUGAUGAAUGAAGGCCCCGAGUCUUGUUCAUUCAGGUUGGUGGCCCUGACUGAGGAGGACAUCCCUGCCAUGGAGGCGUUGCUGAACACCGUGCACUUUGACCCCCCCGUCUGGGAAGACCUACUGCAGAUGGACAGACGAGACCUCCUUGGAAUCUGGGACUGCGAUGGCCAAGGCCAGGACUUCCUUGCCGGUUUAGUGUCAGCUGUGUACUACCCGAGACCCAAGCACGAGAGCGUCCGCCCUCCAGACGACCGCAACCCCUUCGGCUGGAUUGGAAACGUGGUGGUUCAUCCAAGGUACCGCAGCCGGGGUUUAGCCCGGGUUCUGCUUUCGGACGCCGUACACCACCUGCAGUCCGGACGGCGGUGCCGGGCGGUCCUUUUGGACGCGACGCCGAUGGGCAAGCAAGUGUACGACAAGAUGGGGUUCCAGGACGUGUGCCCGGUCCACCGCAUGCAGAUCGCGCCGGAGGAUUUGCAGCGAGCACUGGAGAAUCUAGAGAGUGGCGGAGUAGAAGCUGGCGGGGGGGCGACUUUAGAGGUUAGCAGUUUAGGGGGGGACAGAACGUGGAGUGAAUCAGAAGCGGGGAGUGUUUCCGGGGCUGAGGAUGGAGAGAGCAAUGAACGGGGGAGCGGAUUUAGAAGAAAGCGAAGGAGUGAAAACACGGGUUUUGGUUUGCUGGGUUCGAUUCUGCGGGACAUCACCGAGAGCGACCUGGACCAGGAGGUGACGCUCGCUGACGUCAGCAGCGCGGCAGCGGCCGUGCGGCGCAUCGACGAGGAGGACACGUGGAACGCCGUGGUGGCCUGCGACGGGCAGGUGUUCGGCGCGGACCGGGCCCUGUUGCUGCGGCGGUGGCAGCGGCGGAGCCCGGAGUGCGCAGUGUGGCUGCCGAACACGGGCCCGAACAGGGCCUCGGAAGUUGACGGCGAGAAAGACCGGGCAGAGAGCAGUUCUCUGGGAGGCCCUGUAAAAGGGUUCGCUUUCGCGCACUCCAGGCGAGAGUGCCACUACUUGGGGCCCGUCGUGGCGGGGGACGGGGCCUCGGCGGGGGCCCUGCUGCUGACGCAACUGAAACAGAUUGCCCGGCAGAACCGGUCCGGCGAUCCUCGCCCGUGUGUCAUCUACAUUGUGGAGCCACCCGAAGGGCUGGAAGCGACCGGGCAAAGCACCCGGGGGGACUACCUGGCGUGGAGCCGGUUCCUGGAAGGCCUCGGGUUUCGGCGGGAGGACACGACCAUACGUCAGGCUUUGGGCGAUGCCCCUGACUGCAACUCCCUCCAACACUACUUCGCGGUUGCCGCCCUCGACCUUGGCUGACUCUCGACCUGCCGCCGCUUUUAGCGUGUUUACAUUCAUCCGUCCAAUCACGAGCGCUAAGCGCAGGCGUACGCACGCGUUUGUGACAGGGACUGACCAUGACCAUACGCUCUGCCAUUCCUGCCAAAGAGAAAGAGCCCACUCUCCAAGAACUAUGCUUUCAACCACUUGCCAAAACGAUGUUUGUGGCCAACUUUUCGGACCAAUCGGAUUUCGGACGCUUGUGGUCAAACGUUCGCUCAUGUUGUUCGCCCGCUUACUAAAUGUCUAGGCCUAAGUCAGUAGCCGGCCAGUUCAGGCUGCGUAGAAUCGGAGAGUUUGAGAAUGACGAAAGUGCGGCAGCUCCAUAACAUUGAAUCCACUACUAGAAUGUUCGUCAACGUACCAGCAAUCCGUCGUUCAUCCAAUCU